UUCACAUGAACCGAAAUUUAAGGAAGACGACACCAAAGAAAAUAUUAAAAAAAAAAUAAAAAAAAAUAAGAGAGUACAUACAGAGUAGUUAAUUCCGGUGGUUUUCUGCUCAUCUACUUCCAUCCACCUUCGUCUCUUCCGCCGAAUUCAAUUCUUCUUCUUCUUCCCAUCUCUCUCUCCUUAAAACCCCUAAAUUUCUCUCCUCAUUUACGAACCCAGAAAAAAUUGAUUGAAACCCAUUUCCCCGAUCUUCUUCCUCAUGGAGAUCUGCACUUACUUCAAAUCCCAACCCACCUGGCUCCUCUUCCUCUUCGCACUCGGCUCAAUCACAAUCUUCAAAUUCAUCUUCACUCUCCUCAGAUCCUUCUACAUCUACUUCCUCCGACCCGGCAAAAAUCUCCGCCGGUACGGAUCCUGGGCUAUCGUCACCGGACCCACCGACGGUAUCGGCAAAGCUUUCGCCUUUCAGUUAGCCCAGAAAGGGCUUAACCUCGUCCUCGUCGCUCGUAACCCCGAAAAGCUCAAAGAUGUCUCCGAUUCGAUCAAAUCCAAGUACAGUAACAUCCAGAUCAAGACCGUGAUUAUGGAUUUCUCCGGAGAUAUCGAUGAAGGCGUGAAGCGGAUCAAGGAGACGAUCGAGGGUUUGGAGAUUGGGGUUCUGAUCAACAACGCCGGGAUGUCGUACCCUUACGCUAAGUACUUCCACGAGGUCGACGAGGAGUUGGUCACGAACCUGAUCAAAAUCAAUGUCGAAGGAACCACGAAAGUGACUCAAGCUGUGCUUCCAAUUAUGCUUCAGAGGAAGCGAGGAGCCAUUGUUAAUAUGGGUUCUGGUGCUGCAGCUCUUAUCCCUUCGUAUCCUUUCUACUCUGUUUACGCCGGCGCCAAAACGUACGUGGAUCAAUUCACUAAGUGUCUCCAUGUUGAGUACAAGAAAAGUGGGAUUGAUGUUCAAUGCCAGGCUCCAUUGUAUGUUGCGACGAAGAUGACAUCAAUAAGAAAAGCAUCCUUCUUAGUGGCAUCACCAGAAGGUUACGUAAAGGCAGCAAUGCGUUUCAUAGGCUAUGAAGCACUCUGCACACCGUACUGGCCUCACGCUCUCAUGGGUUUUGUUGUCUCUGCAUUGCCUGAGAGCGUUUUCGAGUCAUUCAACAUCAAGAGGUGCCUCCAGAUCCGGAAGAAAGGGCUGCUUAAAGACUCGAGGAAGAAAGAAUGAAACUCUUUGAGAGGUUUAAGCUAGAUUUUCUUCUUUCUGCAGUUUGGUUUCUUGAAAGUUUCUCCGUUCUGAAUCUUUUGUUAAGACUUGUAAGAAUUAGUUUUCCGAUUUUCCCAAGUUUGUUGUUUCCUUAAUUUUAAAUUAAAAGCCCUAACGUGCACGAAAAUCUGUUUUCUUUAUUUAUUUUAAAUAUAAUUGAAUGUUCACCCCCAAAAAUGUAUUGGAGAGCAUUUGAAUGUGUUUUUGCUUUUCG